AUUUUCGCUCUUUGCAGUUUCCUUGAGCAGUUUUGAUGAUAAGAAUCAACACACGGAAAAGGAAAACAGUGGCCCCCUCUUUGUAAUCCAGGAAUUAUUUCUUUAGCCAGUUUAGCGCCUGAAUUUGGUUUAUGUUGUAAGCUUUAUUCACUUGAAACCUUCAGGAAUUCGCGCUUGGGAGGAUGUGACGGGUCCUUGUACAACACCAGCAGGCUGUGAGCCGUAAACAGUAAACAACGGCAAAGUGAAGAGCCAGUCUUGUGUUCUGUUCCGUCGGAUUUUUGAUUGGAUUUGCAUCGCAACUUUGAAAUGGAUGUGCAGCGGAGGCCUCGUCCUCGCAUCAGCACGGUGCAGGAGCAGCGUGUUCUGACGGGGCUUUACGAGCUGCACGAAACACUGGGCACGGGUGGUUUUGGCAAAGUGAAGCUGGCGAAGCAUUUGGUUACGGGAGAGAAUGUCGCCAUCAAAAUUAUUAAUAAAGCAGUACUAAAGGAUGAAUAUUUCCGGGUCAUCCGGGAAAUCGAAAUUCUUAAGAUGGUGGACCAUCGUCGAAUUUGUCAGUUGUAUCAAGUGAUUGAUACCCCUGAAAAGCUCUACUUGGUUAUGGAGUAUUGCACAAAUGGCGAACUGUUCGAUUUCAUUAUGACUAAUUCACGUCUGACCGAGGAUAAAGCGCGCAAGUACUUCCGCCAGGUGGUCAGUGCCGUGGCAUACAUGCACAGCAAAGGCAUAGCGCAUCGCGAUCUAAAGCCGGAAAAUCUCAUGUUGGAUGCGAAUUACGAUAUCAAAGUCAUCGACUUCGGACUGGCUGCAAAGCCCAAAGGAGGCAUGAGUGCUUUGCUGGAAACUAGCUGUGGAAGCCCUUCCUACGUUGCACCGGAGCUUAUUGCCAACAAGCCUUAUUUGGGAGAUAAGGCUGACGUAUGGUCGUUGGGGAUUCUUCUUUAUGCAUUACUGGCGGGAACGCUGCCAUUCAUGGAUGACAACGUUAACAAACUAUUUGAGAAAAUUCAAAGAGGAAAAUUCAAUAUGCCCGCCAAUCUAUCGCGUGACAGUCAGAUCUUGAUCAGAGCCAUGUUGCAAGUGGAACCUGCUAAUCGAAUUUCCAUAUCAAGUAUAGUGAACCAUCCAUGGAUCAUACAGAAGUACGGUGUUCCAGUCAAAUGCAAUCUGGAGGAUCCUGGUCGUACUACGGUGGAUUUGGGCAUCGUUAACGCUUUAUUCCCCAAUGAUGAAUACCAUCGACGCCAAGUCUGUCAAAGUAUAUCACAGAAAAAGUUCGAUUACUGGUACGCAACGUAUAUGUUGGGAAAACGACGAUACGAUUCAGGAAAAGUGGUCCGGUUGAAUCUUGCUGCAAUCAAGUUUGCUGCCAAGGAGAAUGACCUGUGCGCUAGUCUCUAUCGUCCCCCAGUUAGCCCGACGAAGGUUAUGGGAAAAGGGAAGUUGAAAAGUCCCAAUAAACGGUUAUUUUCCCAGAUUAGCUUUGACGAUAACGAUUCAUCGUCCAGCGAAGACGAGCUGUUUAUCCUUGACGAAGAUUUAUCUGAAGCCUUGAUUCGUCGCCGCGAGGAAGAUACAUACCACAUCAUCCCUCCAAAACCGGUUUUUCCUCCGAAAUCUCCCGUUCGUCGGUUAACGCCUUCCAAGUCGCUGGAAAACGGUCUUCCGGACAUCGUCAUGGCGGCUGCAUGCGCAAAAGCCAAAUCGGUGGAAAAUGGGCUUGACGUGUGUUUCAAAACCCCGCUGAAACCAGCUAGCAAAGCUGGUUCGCUUACCGGAAAAAAGAGUGCAAUGAAGAAAGUUUUCGGAUCCAUCGAAAAAGGAUUCGAUCGUGUUGUGGAUAUCCUUACGCCCAUUAAAACCGGAAAGAAAAUCACUCGAACUGGACUACAAGUUCGAAUUGUCAAAACUGGUUCCGACGUUACGGAAGUGGACUGCACUGAGCCGGAUGAACUUUUGAAGGAAAUUACGAACAUUUUGAAGAUUUGUAAUUGCCAUACGAAGAUGAAGAGUGAUUUUUUGGUGCGUGCCACCAAAUACAACGGAGCCGGAGAAGCUGUACUGAAACUGUCGCUGGAGGUUUGUUGGACUGGAGACGACAAACUGGCUUUGCGUCGGAAACGCUUACAGGGCGAUACUUUCGCUUAUCGUAUGCUGAUAACCAAUAUCAUGAAAAUCCUGCCCUUUAAAAAUUCUUUCGAAAAUCCCGAACAUUUCCUGGAACAAUCGACUGCGGUAUCGCGGAAACUGUGUUUUGAUCAGGCAUAAAUAGUUUUAUCGUAUUUCUCGUUUUCGUUGAGGAUAGUUGUUUAAACAAGUACCUGUCUAUAUGUAUGUUUCGCUCGUUGCUUUGCAUGCCAGGCCUCGUUCAGUACGUGGUUGAUGCGGUGAGAAGCAUAUCCGCCCUUCAGCAGGAAAAUCGAAAUGUUUCUAGUUUUGUUAAUUGGAAUCGUGCUGAUAAUGGCGCAGCAUGUUCUUAUAACGUUUUUUGUUUUAAAGCACAAUCUGUAGCGCUUCCGUGGCUUGCGCAUGAUGUUUAAUUCUUGUGGAGGUUUUUCUAACCAGCAGCACUGCAGCACAAUACGCAUAAGCCAUAAAGUACUGUAUAUACUACAUGCGCUUGGGCAUCCUGUGUAUUAACGGUUUUAUGGUGAAUGAAACUUGUGGU